GGGGAGACAGUCGAGCCUGCGGAAAGCGGCGGCGGCUGCGGUACCUGGGAGCCGAUGCUGGGGCAGGGCAUGGUGGCGCCGACUGCGCUGUGAGAACGGAGCGGCCGCGGGGUCGCCAUGCGCUGGCGGCCCUGACAUGGGCGCCAGCGGCUCCAAAGCUCGGGGCCUAUGGCCCUUCGCCUCGGCGGCGGGGGGCGGCGGCCCAGAGGCGGCGGGCGCUGAGCAAGCUUUGGUGCGGCCUCGAAGCCGAGCCGUUCCCCCCUUCGUAUUCACGCGCCGCGGCUCCAUGUUCUAUGAUGAGGAUGGGGAUCUGGCUCAUGAGUUCUAUGAGGAGACAAUCGUCACCAAGAAUGGGCAGAAGCGGGCCAAGCUGAGGCGGGUGCAUAAGAAUCUGAUUCCUCAGGGCAUCGUGAAGCUGGAUCCCCCUCGCAUCCACGUGGAUUUCCCUGUGAUCCUCUAUGAGGUGUGAGCCUGGGGGGUAGCAGACACAAGCACCCCCUGCCCCAGCAAGAAACCUCCAGGCUCAAGAUGUGUCUUCCAUUGAGGAGCCCAGGCUGGAGCCACAACCCUGAAUAAACUCCGUUGGCCCAGAACCUUCAACUGCAAGCGAGGCAGUUCCACGGUGUUGGUUGGGUAUUGGUUUGUGUAUGGACAAGAGGUGGUUGGUGGCUGGCAAAGGCUAAUGGCAGACUUACCAGCUCAUCCUCCCCAGCCACCCCUCCAAGAAGCAUGGCAAGGCAUAUGUCAGUCAGGAAUGCCUGGUUCCUGGUUCCUUGACUGGCCUGCUUUUUUCCAAGCUUGCCUGGCAUCGAGCCCUGCUAGAGGCUACAGCACUUUACAAGCAAGGUCUGGCUUCUUCCAACCCCUGGGCUGUGUGGGCUGUACACAAGUGGGAACUUCCUUUCCCUUACUUCCCUUACCCCCAGUUGGAGCAUUUCAGCCAUUUGCUACCUCGAUUCCUCCUGUGGACAGAGGCUGGGGGCAGUGCCAGCCUGAUUUUUCCCACUUACCUGCCCAUCUGUUCCUACCUUCAGAUGGAUGGACAGUUUGCUGGCUGUUGGUAGGAGUGGGGGCUGGUGUGGGAGGCUUCUCCCUCCACCCAGGCUGAUCCCUCCCUACUGUAACUACUUGUUGCCCCCUCUACCCCUCCCCCACUUGAGAGGGUACAGGCUGGGGUCAGGAUGGGCUGUGGUUGCCUGUGCCUAUGGGGAGUUGCCUCAACCCACCUAUCCUGUCUAAUCCCCCUUGCCUUUGCACCAGGCCCCCCAGCCCCCCAUGGGAGGAGACUGUCUGCCAUCCUGUGUUUAGGGACAACACCCUAGGGCUGGUGCCAAUAACUAUAAGGAGCCCACCACCCUUUCACCUACAGUGUCCCCACUCUAGGAUCAGUCAAGGGAAAGUACUGGAGCCCCGGGGUAGGGACAGAAAGGAGGGAAAAACCAUAAAAGGAAUACUUAAAAUGUGAAGGUUAUAAUAGUCUAGUCCAUGAUGAUGUUGGGGCAGAGUCUGACUUUUUUUUUUUUUAAUUCCUUACUGUGUAAACUCUGUGCUUCUAGAAUGUGGGAAAUGGCUUGGGGAGGGUGGCCUCCAGCCAAGGAAGACUUGUGUUAUUUGUUCAAUUUCAAUAAAAUUAUUUGUAGAUCCUGCA